ACCUUAUGACCACAAAUAAGGACUUCUUCCUGUCAGUCCUGUCACCACUUAUUUGCACAUCGACCAUUACACUUGGAGCCCAUGCAGCAAGAAAGUGUAAGGACAGACAUGGUGGACUCGGAACAGGUCCUGGGCUGUAAGGCCCCGAUGGGUCCGGUCCUGGUGCUUCUCUUGUUCAGCCUGCUUGGGCCUCUGGGACAAGUACAAGCUCAAGAUUGUGAGAAACCUAUGAGGGACACCAUGAUUUUAAUAGAUGAAGACAUCCUGAAAGAGCAUUUUCCAGACGGAGCAUUAGUAACAUUUGAGUGUGAAACGGGAUACAGGAGAAUUGGAGGAUCUGGUAAAACCACUUGUGAGGCUGGGACAUGGACACCUUCGACAUUUACAUGCGAGAUGGUUCGCUGCAAAGCGCCGUUUAUAACAAAUGGUUCGCAAAAGUCUGGAGCCCGCCCUCCGUAUGUACACAGGAGUUUGGUUGAGUACGAAUGUAACCCUGGAUUUAAGAUGGAAGGGGAGGGGGUCAUGACCUGCCAACUGAACAGCACAUGGUCAUCAACGCCAGAGUGCAAAGUGGUUCGCUGCAAAGCGCCGUUUAUUCCAAAUGGUUCGCAAAAGUCUGGAGCCCGCCCUCCGUAUGUACACAGGAGUUUGGUUGAGUACGAAUGUAACCCUGGAUUUAAGAUGGAAGGGGAGGGGGUCAUGACCUGCCAACUGAACAGCACAUGGUCAUCAACGCCAGAGUGCAAAGCUCAAGAUUGUGAGAAACCUAUGAGAGACACCAUGACUUUAACAAAUGAAUACAUCCAGAAAGAGCAUUUUCCCAGCGGAUCAUUGGUAACAUUUAAGUGUGCAACGGGAUACAGGAGUACUGGAGGAUCUGGUAAAACCACUUGUGAGGCUGGGACAUGGACACCUUCGACACUUGGAUGCGAGAAGUUUAAUUGUGGGAGCCUCAAGCUAGUAAACGGGCAUGUGGAAUACAGUGAAGGAACCUCAUUUGGGAGCGUGGCUAUAUUCUCCUGCAACGACGGGUACAUUUUGGAGGGCAAGAAUUUAACCUGUGGAAAUACAGCAUGGCUAGGCAGAACGCCGACCUGUUCAGUUGUAAAAUGUGAAUCACCGCCUUCAGUUGAUAAAGCUGAAGGUCCAUCUCCAAAACGGGAUUUCUAUGAUUUUGCAAGCAUUGUGAAAUACAAAUGUCAGAAGGGUUACAACAUCACCAAUGGCUCAGCAUCACUUAAAUGUUCAAGCAAUGGAAAAUUCACACCAAAUCCUCCAACUUGUUUAAUGGUUCGCUGCAAAGCGCCGUUUAUUCCAAAUGGUUCGCAAAAGUCUGGAGCCCGCCCUCCGUAUGACUACAGGAGUUUUGUUGAGUACGAAUGUAACCCUGGAUUUAAGAUGGAAGGGGAGGGGGCCAUGACCUGCCAACUGAACAGCACAUGGUCAUCAACGCCAGAGUGCAAAGCUCAAGAUUGUGAGAAACCUAUGAGGGACACCAUGAUUUUAAUAGAUGAAGACAUCCUGAAAGAGCAUUUUCCAGACGGAGCAUUAGUAACAUUUGAGUGUGAAACGGGAUACAGGAGAAUUGGAGGAUCUGGUAAAACCACUUGUGAGGCUGGGACAUGGACACCUUCGACAUUUACAUGCAAGAUUGUAAAAUGUGACUCAGCGCCUUCAGUUGAUAAUGCUGAAGCUCCAUCUCCAAACUGGGAAUUCUAUGAUUAUGCAAGCGUUGUGAGAUACAAAUGUCUGAAGGAUUACACCAUCAAUGGCUCAGCGUCACUAAGAUGUUCAAAUAAUGGAACAUUCACACCAAAUCCUCCAACUUGUUUAAUGGUUCACUGCAAAGCGCCGUUUAUUCCAAAUGGUUCGCUAAAGUCUGGAGCCCGCCCUCCGUAUGUACACAGGAGUUUGGUUGAGUACGAAUGUAACCCUGGAUUUAAGAUGGAAGGGGAGGGGGUCAUGACCUGCCAACUGAACAGCACAUGGUCAUCAACGCCAGAGUGCAAAGUUGUAAAAUGUGACUCAGCGCCUUCAGUUGAUAAUGCUGAAGCUCCAUCUCCAAACUGGGAAUUCUAUGAUUAUGCAAGCGUUGUGAGAUACAAAUGUCUGAAGGAUUACACCAUCAAUGGCUCAGCGUCACUAAGAUGUUCAAAUAAUGGAACAUUCACACCAAAUCCUCCAACUUGUUUAAUGGUUCACUGCAAAGCGCCGUUUAUUCCAAAUGGUUCGCUAAAGUCUGGAGCCCGCCCUCCGUAUGUACACAGGAGUUUGGUUGAGUACGAAUGUAACCCUGGAUUUAAGAUGGAAGGGGAGGGGGUCAUGACCUGCCAACUGAACAGCACAUGGUCAUCAACGCCAGAGUGCAAAGUUGUAAAAUGUGACUCAGCGCCUUCAGUUGAUAAUGCUGAAGCUCCAUCUCCAAACUGGGAAUUCUAUGAUUAUGCAAGCGUUGUGAGAUACAAAUGUCUGAAGGAUUACACCAUCAAUGGCUCAGCGUCACUAAGAUGUUCAAAUAAUGGAACAUUCACACCAAAUCCUCCAACUUGUUUAAUGGUUCACUGCAAAGCGCCGUUUAUUCCAAAUGGUUCGCUAAAGUCUGGAGCCCGCCCUCCGUAUGUACACAGGAGUUUGGUUGAGUACGAAUGUAACCCUGGAUUUAAGAUGGAAGGGGAGGGGGUCAUGACCUGCCAACUGAACAGCACAUGGUCAUCAACGCCAGAGUGCAAAGACCCGGACCUGGACUGCACCGGCGGACCUCAUGCGAAUCCCCUUCCACAUCCAUCGUAUGACAUCACCCAGGCCACCGCUCGACCAGUGAACCUCUAUCCUGACCUCACAGCAGAGGAGUAGUACCCACCAACAGCGCAACGGGGGUUACCCACUCGUAGCCAGGUGAAAGCUCAAUGAUCACACCGGCAGCUGGCGGCCACACCGACCAAGCGGGAACCCGUUGCCAGCCGCAUAAAGAACGAGGAAAUGACGCUCUGCCUAUCUCCUCAACACGAGGGCAGGGAGGAUGGACUGUUCCCCAUGAUCGAAGUACUGAACCCCCAGGAUCGCAGUCUAGCAUACGUUAUCCGUGCAUGGAGACCCAGUGACAUUAAGGACAUAGCAGAAUGUCUCCCGGAACCAUCUGCAAUGGGAGGGGCAGCCCUCGCAACAGCCAUUCUUGAAAUGGCCUAACAAUACAGGUCAUCCAUCUGUGAUGUGCGCCAAGUCUGUAUGUUCAAACUGGACCUGCACUGGGGUCGCAUUCAAGGGGACAUUCCCGGGAGAGACCAAGCUGAUAUAAUGUUCAAUUGGGACCAAGGACCUGUAUACAGCACCGUCGUAUGGGGGGGAAAGGUUAUGACAAUUAUAAGGGCCCACAGCCUACUAGGCCCCACAGCCCCCAGUAGCCUCUAUGACAAAAUGAUUAUGCAUACACUGAACUAAUAUAUAUUCAUAUGAAUGAAUCCGAAUUAAAACAAAGCCACAAAUCAUACAAUAUUCUAAUUUUAAUCAUUUCAAUCAGGGGCGAGUCUAGGUUGUUACUUUUGGGGGGGCUCAACCCCAGGCAGCCACAGGGGUAUAUGAAGUAUAUAAAGUCCUGUGCAAGAUAUUUUUUUUUCACAACCUUUAUUUUCUUAGUUACUAUGCUGUUGUAUGUCCAAGCAGAUAGCUGGCAGUGUCAGAUAAAUAAUGCAGUUCUGAACCACUAAAGUGAUGAAAUGAAAAAAGACUGUUUGGAUGAAGGAAUAAUCAAUGGUUGUGAACUGGAAUAACAAAUUUGAGGUAUAUUAAAUUUCCUACGUGUAAGUUUCACUCAAAAAUUACCAUAUUUUCCUGAAUAUGUUACUGAAACACAUUGGUACAACAUGAUGUCGCCUCACUUUCAUGGACCCAUACAAUUUAUAAAUUUAAUCAACAUACAUUUUUAUAAACUUUUGAUGCAAAAAAAUCAACAAGUACAACAUGUACAAGUCGAAUACUAUGAGAAACAGACCACUAUUUUCGGGAGCACUAAACUAUGAAUGGGUCUCACCUUCAGGGACCCAUUCAUUUUUAUAAAACUUCUGAUGCCAAAAUAUCUUGUUGUUCUGAUGCAAAAAAAAAGGAUGCUAAUUUUCAGUUUAAAAAUAACCGCUGGCAUUAUUUUAUCAACUGAAGGAGUUUUCAUUGCCAUAACAACGUGAGCUAAUCAACAAGUACAACAUGUUCUAGACCAGUGGUUCUCAAUUAUUUUUCUUUCAUUCCCCCCCAAGGAGACAAACAUUUUAUCAUGCCCUCUCUGAAUUGAAAUAGCCUACUAUUGAGAACCUGCUAAUAUUUAUUUAUUUCGAUUAAUAAAAUUAGCGGAGAUAACAUCUGCAACAACUUAAAACUAUUUCCAACUUCAGUUUAUUAACUCCAUUUGUAACAUUUAAACAAGACGGCUAAGUCUGUGUGAAUCUCAAAACAGAGAAACAAGAGCAAAUGAUUCACUGGGGUUUGCAUUUAAUUAUAAUACUUUUAAAAAGUAAACAUUGGUCACUUGUCAGCUUCAUCAGCUUAUUCCCUUUCAAAAAAAAUUAUAUAUGUUCAUCUUUCAAGCAUGAAUAAAGACACCAAGUCCCUCUGUCAUGACUUUGUAAGAUUACAAUUCUUGUUAAACUUCUGACCCUUGUUAUUAUGUUUAUUUAAAAUAAAAUAAGUAACUUAUUAAAAUAAAUAAAUAAAUACAUAAGACACUAAGGGCCCUAUCUUGCAUCCGGCGCAAGUGACUUAGUCACUGGCGCAUGUGUCGUUGCUAGUUUACAACUGGCGCAGAGCGUUCUUUUCCCACCACCGCCACUCGCCGGUAAAUUAGGGAUUGAUCAUGCGCCCCAAGGAGCGGUUCGGCGAAAGGAGGAGGCGUGUUCUGGCGCUAACGAUAUUUUGCCGUUUCUGAAUACAACUGCGCCACAGACCAGGAAAUACCUGGUUUAAAGUCAGUGGCGCGUUGUUCAGAUGCUGUUUUAAGGGUGCAUGCAUACACGCGCAUACACUUUGCUUCUCUCAUCUACACGGACAGCAGUUCCCAUUUUUGCAAACCCAUACAUAAUUACAAGAAAAAUAAAAUAUUACCACACAAGGAAAAUCAUUGUGGUGUCCAUAAAGAUAAAAUAAAUAGGCAUAAAUCUAGCGUACACAUUUACCCAAAUUAUUCACGCGAAUUGUAGCAGGUGUAAUGACGGAUCAAAUUAACCUGGUUGACCAAUAGUGGCAAGAGAGAUAUGUAGGCUAUAUAAGGACACCUGUCAAAGUGGGUUGUCCUUCAAGAAUCAGGAACCACAAUUCUGAAGACUGCAAAAUAAAUUCUGAAGACUGCGAAAUCACCUUCUGUAAGUCCAUUUAAAACCUUACUCUGCAACUUACCAGUUAAGUUGAGGUUGCUCAUAAUUUUUCUAUUGCACCGUGGAAUGGAAUACGUCUUGGGACCGAGGAUCAGACGCCGGGGGGAGAGGGUCUACCGGCCCAGAAACACCUAUCUCUCCCUGAGUGAGGAGGAAUGUUAUCAUCUCUCCUAGAGGCCCUGGAUAGCAUCUUUGCUAGGUGGAGCUUGACUAAUUAAGUCAAAUCAGAGGUCACUAGUCUCAGGAGUUAUUUUACAUCUUUUAGAGCCAUUGUUCUCCUGACUGUCUGGAAAAAAUACUGCAGUCCAUUGAAGACAGAAACAUAAUUCUGCAAUUCAGAAAAAUUACACUAGAUGUAGAAGCAGCCAACAUAGAGGCAUUGAAGGAAGAAAUGCAGUUCUUUCGCAACUCCUGGGACGACUUCCUUGCAGAGGCUUUCCUUAUCGCAGAAGCUAUGGAUGUUCCCACUGGAUUUCCAGUCAGCCACAAGCGAAUGAGAAAACGUUUUGCACAUGAGAGUCAGAGGUCAGAAGAAGAGGGAAACCAACAGACAGAAUCAAAUCUGUUUCGCAACAGCGUGUUCUAUGUGGCUUUAGAUAACAUCAUCUGUGCCUUGGACACCCGCUUUCAAUCCAUUGAAAAUAUCUGUGAGGAAUUUGCUGCAAUACUGAAAAUCAAGGAUUUAAAAGAUGGUCAGAUUCACUCAGUUUGCCAUUCAUUAACAAGCAUAUACAAACAGGAUCUUAGUGCUAAUUUUGAAAGUUAAGUGCAACAUUUGAGGUCUGUUUAUAGUGCCACAUUUUCAGACUGCGACUCCCCCCUUGAACUGCUGAAUUCCAUUCAUAAACUUCAGCUUCAGAGCAUUUUUGGUGAAGUAUGUGUUGCCAUCCGAAUCUUCUGUACAAUACCUGUGACUGUGGCAGGUGGAGAAAGGGCGUUCAGCAAACUGAAACUAGUUAAGAACUAUCUCAGAUCCACAACAAGCCAAGAGAGGCUAAAUAACCUUGCUAGACUUUCAAUUGAAAGUCAGCUAAGCCGACAAUUGAACUUCAAAGACCUCAUCAGCGAAUUGGCUAACAAAAUGGCUCGUCGUUUGAGACUUACAGUGAACAAACAAGCCAAUUUAAACUUUAAUUGAGAUUAGAUGAGGCUUGUUGUUGUUUUUGAUAUUUGUUUUACAACAACGUAUUCCAUGUGCUCUUUGUUUCACUUGCACAUUUAAGUUAAAUGCUACUUAUUUACCUGUGGACUAUCUUGAGCCAGGACACUUUGUUUUUUUGCAUAUCAGUGCUUGAUUGUUAAAUACAAUAAAAUACCCACACCUAUUUGUUGAGUGGUUAAUUGAAAAUGUAUUUGCAAACAGAGGUGUAAUAACGUGAUGCAAAUCAGGGAAAUGAGAAUAAGACAAUUAAUAAUACCUAAUUUACAUAGUAAUACUCUGACUUGUUAAGUUAUUAAAUGUAAAAAAGGAAACAAAUUUGGUGUAUUACACCAGGCACCGUCAAGAACACUGAAAAACAAGAACAUUUAAGGUGGCAAUGAUUGGGGUAGAGGGGCCCACACCGAUAUUCUUUCAGGGGGCCCAGAAUUCCUAGCAACUGCCCUGCCUGUAUACCAACUCCUGGUGGAGAGACUCUGCGAUCGGACCUGGGAGGCAUUCCCUAUGAUUAAGGACUGGACCGCUAUUCGCAAGGUGAAACAACAAGAAGGCGAUUAAAUGGCUGAUCUGGUAGAUCGUGUUAAGAAGGUGUUCAAGAUCCAUGUUGGGAAGCCCGUACCAACCGACAGACUAGUUCAAACUAUGUACGAAGAAAACCUUACCGCCGCCUUCCUGGAUGCGUUGGACAACAAAAUAUCAGAAUUCAUAGAGACACAUUGCAUUGGAUGGUGUACCGCCAGCCUUGCCGUGAUUGCAAGCUACGCCAACCAUGCAGAAGGAGAAGAAGAAGAGGAAAGAAGAGCUCAGGAAAAAGGAAGAAAAAAGGAGAGCCAAAGAUAAGGCAGAGACAGCCCAUAAGCUUCGACUCACUCACCUGAAGGCCCUGGAGAAUCCCACGCCCAUCCGUCCCAUCAAACACCAGGGAGGCGACCGGUCAAAAGGGAGGAACAUAUUUGAUGGAGGCGCCAGGUGGCAAGGACGACCAAAGGAAAGUGGUGAAGCACAGAGGCAGGCCUGCUUUCGUUGUGGCGGCAUGGAUCAUUGGUUCAAAGAUUUUCCCGACAGAAUGGACAAAAACAAUGGAACGGUCGGCUGACAGUUUGCAAUAAGUUUGACUGUGAAUCAUCCAAGAGGCAGCGGUGGAUGGGGGCAUUUGUAUUGACGGGACGCAGGAGCAGGCCAGGUCCAAGGAGGAGGUACGAGCACCAUAAAGGCCUAAAUACAACGGCGCCGCAGCGCAGCGGCGCGCAUUUUACGCGCGUCAAAAGCCGCCCCUAGCACCAACAGGAGGAGGCGUGACGGCCGCGCUGCAGUAUAAUCAGGAAGUCACCUGUCAAUAAACCGCAGCAAAGAGAGAAACGCAAUGGGUGAGUAGCCUAUUGUAGCCUAGUUUAUUUAUUUUCCAUCUUUUUGGCUGAAUAAUUUGAAAAAUGUAUAAUCUGCGCAGUGAAAGUAUGUUUUCAAGCAUCAGAUCAACUUAGUUUGUAGGGCACUUUAUUGUUUUAUUUACUGUCAUUUCUUAUUUAUUUUAUAUUUUGCAAUUAUUCAUCUACUGCAUCAACAAUCUCAAUAAGUGCAGGACCUUCUAUUAAGCCUUUUUAGUAUAUAGUGCAGUCACCUUUUAAGGCCAAUUGUUAUUGUGUGUAUUUAUUGUAUUGAGCUACUGGAUGGCUUUAUUGGUCCCCAUUGGGACCAAUAAAGUAGCUAUCUAUCUAUCCAUCUAUAUAGCCUUAACAUAGCCACACCUUUACAUGUAGGCCUAUGCAGCCAGUAGUUAUCCAUUUUAAUUGAACACAAGUUAUUUCAUAUUUUAUUGAGGUUUUUUUAUUU